CGCCCACCAGGAAAUCACAGGUUAGUGUGUGCAAUGCGGAAUGAAAACGUCCUUCUAAACCAGGAGAAAGCAGCAACAAUGAGGGUCUGGUCAGCGCUGCGGCGUGGAAUUGAAAAGCUGUGUUUGUGGAUGAGUCCCGCUGAUCUGCAGAACUGAACGGAAGUCCUGCUCCGGCUGUCCCCGGGAUCUGAUGUGAGAGCGUCUGCAGGAGCGAGGGGGCGGAGCUGAGAUGUCAAUCAGAAGCGCCGAGGGCGUGUCCAUCAUGCAGGCCUUAGCCAUGACCGUGGCUGAGAUACCUGUGUUCCUGUACUCCACCUUUGGACAGUCUAUCUUCUCUCAGCUGAAGUUGAGCCCUAGUCUAAAGAAGGUGCUGUUCGCCACGGCUCUGGGCAGCGUCGCUCUGGCUCUGACCGCUCAUCAGUUAAAGAGACGGGGCAGAAAGAGGAAACAGGCAGUCAGUAAAGAAGCACAGAAACCUGUGGGCAUCCCAGAACAGCUGCUCCGAACCAGUCGGCCGGCCUCACUCAAGAGAGGUCUGGUUCCAGGGCGUCAGAUGAUCAGUCCCAGCACCCGUAGUAAUGACACUCUGAGCGGCGUUUCGUCUCUCGCACAGAGCAAACACUCGAGCUCUUCACACAGUAUCGCCUCUAUGCGAGUUCCCUCCUCUCCCAACCAAUCAGUGAACACCGGGACGCCGUGGGAGGCGGAGCCAGUGGCAGAGGAGCCUGGAGUUGGAGAGGAUGCCAAUGCUGAGAACCUCUAUCUCAUGGGUAAUGUAGUUUAUUAUAGUGAUCUGUUGUGUGUGUGUUUUUGUUUUUGUCCCCCAGAGUCUGAGUGUCUAAAUCUGCUUUUAAACUCAAAGAACUGCUACACGUGUAAUGUGGUGUCCAAUGGUAGUCUGUUCAGCAAGCUUUCCAGCUCCCUGCCUAGCCUGGCCUCCAUGAGGAGCAGGCACUCCUCCAGUAGCUCCACCUGCGCUAACGACUCCAGUUGUUGGGAUGGAGCAGGAGACGACGGCGAAAUCUGUAGCCUGCUCAACAUCCCCGUUACCACUCCAGAGAACCUCUACCUGAUGGGAAUGGAGUUGUUUGAGGAAGCCCUGCGGCGCUGGGAACAGGCUCUAACGUUCCGCAGCAGGCAAACAGAAGAUGAUGAGAACUAUGCGUCUGUGAAACUGGGAGCUGGAGAUGCCAUUGCAGAAGAAAGCAUGGAGGAUAUAAUCAGUGUAGAAUUCAUCAGAAAGCUGGAGUCCCUGCUACAGAGAGCCUAUCGGCUCCAGGAAGAAUUUGAGGGAGCUCUGGGGAUGACAGAACCUUCAACACAUCCUAAUAAUGAUAAGCACAUGGAUCUCUCCGUGCGGGAGGACUUGGAGGACACCUGUCUGAGGGAUUCAAUCAGCAUCGCCUCAACGGAUUCCUUCGUCUCUGCCGCAGAGUUAUCAGAGCACAGAGAGAUGAGGAGUGCCCAUGUGCUGGGGUCAUUGUGUCAUCAUCUUUUCUAUGAGGAUGCCCUGCAGAUGGCAGAGGAAGGGAAGAUCUCCUGUCGAGUGUUACGAACAGCAAGGGUGAAACUUUAUAGAUACACAUCAUGUGUGGGGAAAAACUUAUAUUGUAUUUCAAUUCAGGUCAUCUUAUGUGAAAGAGCAACUAGAGCAUUCCUGGCUGACAUAGGAAAGAGGAUAUUAUCUUCAAUAAUUGUUAAAGCAAGGAAGAGCCCAAAGAGAUUUGAGGAGGUGUUUGAAGAAAUGAUCUGCUUUCUGGAGCAAACAGACCAUUGGGAGAACACAGAAAUUGAGCUUUCUGCAAGAGGGGUUAAACAUUUGAACUUCUUUGACAUUGUUCUUGACUUCAUCCUCAUGGACUCGUUUGAGGAUCUUGAGAAUCCACCUAUUUCUAUUCAAAAUGUGGUCAACAAUCGAUGGCUCAACAACUCCUUCAAAGAGACCGCCGUUGCAUCAAGUUGUUGGUCUGUUCUGAAGCAGAAGAGGCAACAUAUGAAGGUUCCAGAUGGCUUCAUUGCCCAUUUCUAUGCAGUGUGUGAACACAUAAGUCCCGUCUUGGCCUGGGGGUUUCUAGGCCCUAAAAGUUCCCUGAACGAUUUCUGCUGCUUCUUCAAGGAGCAGGUGCUAUUCUUCAUGAAGGACAUUUUUGAUCUGGAUAAAGUGCGUUACUCUAGUCUGGACACUCUGGCUGAGGACAUAUUGCACCUGCUUCACAGACGUUCGGAGCUGCUUCUUGCCUAUGUAGGCACCGAUAUCAUCUGUCACCUAAAUGGCUGUAGUGGCACACCUUUGCAUCUGCUACCAAGUGCUUUGCUGGAGGCACAGGUUCAGUGAGCUACAUCCGUCUCAUCCUCCACAUUAUGACUCGUCUUCCAAGUCAUUAUUAGUGCCAUGUUAAUGCAGUAUAGUCUGUCGUUAUUUAAAUGAAGCAGGUAAAAAGGGACAAUGUAUUUUAAUAUGCCUUUCAUGUGGUGUUCCAGUAGCUUUUUUUUUUUUACUUUAAAAAAGAUUUGCACAACAAAUGACUUUUUGGGGUCCUUGAUGUUUUAAAAAUUGAAAGCUUUCACUGUUGUAUUUUCAUAGUUCUGACAAAAAGGAUGUUAUUCGUAAGAGAUUAAGUCACAUGUAGGUCACUUAGUCAAAACUUUUUAUAGGAAUUAAAUGUUCAACACUGGCCAUGAAUUCAAUUUAGACUUCUUUACUCUUGUUGAUGCUGUUAAUUAUGUUGAACAGCUGGCUGUUAUGAAUUUAAAUCAUUUCAUCAACUACUACAAAUCGUACUUGUGACAAAGUUCAAACAUUUGAUGUAUUCUGUAACGAUGUGGAGUUGAAGCUGUAUUGUUAAGCCAGUAUUAAGCCUGUAUUAGUUGAACACUGAAAUCACUAAGUGACAAAAUAAAAAUCUUAAAGCCAA